CCCGCUUCCAUGGAGUGGGCCGACGUCGCGCUCGAGGUCAACCAGAAAUUUGCGACGGACAAGUGCAGCGGAGCCAAGAAGCCCACGAAGGACACCAUCUCGCUCAUCGUCAGGCGCCUCGUGCAAGCCGCAAGCAUACUCUGUGACGAAGCCGAGCAGCAAAAGCACAAGCGCGGGCCAUGGAAGCAGAAGAGCCGAAUCGACGUGGCGUCUGGCCAAGAGCCCAGCGUUGCCGAUAUGGUGGCACAAACCGCGCAAGAGUCCAUGGCGACGACGGUCGAAAAGGGACCUGCUCUACAACGUUGCAGUCCCGGCACCGACUGCAACACCAUUGAUCGACAUUGCGGUGUCAACAAGCAGCGCGAGGCGGACAACUGCGUCAAAGUCCAGAAGGCCACGCACCGAAACGUCUAUGGCCCCGUAGAGUGCGCCGUUCAAGCAGCAGUCAAGCACCGCGAAGUGUAGCAGCGGAACCGCGAUCGCGAAUUCGCGUCGUCACGUCCGUCGGCUUCCGACGGGAUCACGCAGCUGCUUACCUCGGAACUUGAUAUGGACUCGCCACCGUUUGUUCCCGCAACGACGCGAGCACCGUGUCCGCGACGACAUAGC